UUUUUUUUGUCAUCCUCGGAAGCUUGUGAUUGUAACUUCCGGUGAAGAACAAAUAGCAAGAAUUCCAAAUGCGGACAGUACUGAAUGCGAUUCAUUUGCGUAUUCACCAAGCAUGAACAUUGUUUUGUAAAUUACUGAAUGCGAUUCAUUUGCGUAUUCACCAAGCAUGAACAUUGUUUUGUAAAUAACAUACCGUUUUUACAGCCGACUUUUACCAUUAUUUAUUCAUAUAACGUUUCGUUUCUACUGGGAACACUAACAAUGUGACGCACAAUGUUUACUUUCUCCGGCGAGCGGAUUUCUGAAGCAGAGCAUGUGAGAUGGAGCAGCAGGGGAAAGUAACUGUGCCGAUAUUUACAGAAAUAGAUACGGAAGUGUUUCUGCGAGACAUUUACCCAGAGCGCAGACCAGCAGUCCUGAGAGGCGCGCGUCUCGGGCCAUGCCUGGAAAAGUGGACGGUGGAGUAUCUGGGACAGAGCGGGGGGGACAAGGAAGUGAAGAUCCACGUGUCCACUGUGCCGCAGAUGGACUUCCUUCGCAAAAACUUUGCAUACAAGACUCUGCCAUUCUGUGAGUUUGUGAAAAGAGCAUCUGAAAAAAAGCACUCUGACUUAUUCCUGUGUGAGGACGAGCGCUAUUACCUUCGUUCACUGGGAGAGGACGUUUGAAAGGAACCUGCUGAUCUGAGAAAACAGUUCCCGGGCUUGGCAGAGGAUUUUCACAUCCCACAGUUCUUUGAAUCCAAUCUGUUUUUUUCCAGCGUCUUCCGCAUCAGCUCCUGUGGUCUGCAGCUGUGGACGCACUACGACGUGAUGGACAACCUGCUGGCUCAGGUGACCGGGACAAAGAGAGUGGCUCUCUACAGCCCCCAGGAUGCAUUGCACCUCUACCUGUCAGGUGAUAAAUCGGAGGUGCUGGACAUCGACUUCCCAGACCUGAACUAGUUUCCUCAGUUUGUGAAGGCAAAGAGGUACGAGUGUGUGCUGGAGCCCGGGGAUCUACUUUUCAUCCCUGCCCUGUGGUUCCACAACACGCUUGCGCUGCAGUUCGGUGUGGGCGUAAAUGUGUUUGGGCGCCACCUACCUGCCGACAGCUAUGACCGGAAGGACCCGUACGGUAACGAGGACCCCGCGGCUGCAACUCGAGCCCUUCAGGCGCUGGAGAGGGCGCUACGCACACUGGACGAGCUCCCGGAGGACUAUCGUGACUUCUACGGGCGCCGUAACUCAUGUUUAUAAUGUUUACUGAGGAAUAAAUCAAGAGAGAAGUAGAGUCAUUUUCUAUAGACUUCUAUACAACCAGACUUCUUUUUGCACCCGGAGGAGUCGCCCCUGUUGGUCAGGAGAGAGAAUGCAGGUUUUAAGAUGCUUCCUUGUUGGCUUCACCUUGAGAACCAGAGGUUGCCGCCUGGGUUUUAAUAAGUUAAUAGUAAUAUUGUCACCAUCCUCAUCUUUUUCUACCUGCUGGUAGAUCAGGUCAGGUGAGGACAAAUCAACAAAAAGCACAAAGCCACGCUCUCGUCCUCAAACAACCCCAGCACAUCUGCUUAUUGAAUACAAAUUGCUGUCCAAGGCUAACAUGCACAACUCCCACUUGCCUUGUUUUUUUCUAUUUAAAUACAAACGAGACAAAAACUAAAUAAAAUGCACAGUAAUGGUCUAAUUUACAGCCCGGUCCCUUCAGCAGGGGCUGGUUCUCGGUCUGGAGUCGUCGGAAGGCCUUUCUCAGGGUCUCUGAUGCUCUCGAUGGUCGUGAUCUAGUAGGUUUGUUCGCCAACAAGUUUCGUUUCCAGCAAAAAGUGUCAAGCAGUUCAAAACUCAAAGAGUUUUCCUUCACAGUUUUGGGUUCUCAGGAGGGUUCAGCUCAUGUCAAAGUCCAAAGUGCAAAGGGACGAAUCAGAACGUCCGCGGCCCUUAAAUACCUCGGUCCGGUUUCCAUGGCAUUGACGCACGUGCUUGCGUGCGAUUGAGCAAUACAGAAAGAGAGAAGUAUUAAUUAUUUCCCCACAUUUGUCAAAUAUAUAUUUGUAUUUGAUUCAUACUAGAGUUAUUAUUAUUUUAUUUAUCGGUGAUCUGAUGCUAUUCAGUAAAGCUAUGAGCUGUAAAGCCAAACUGAUGGUAAAUGAAAAUCAGUCUCUUACUGAAAGUGAUCGACCGGGUGGACCCGGUUCUCCACCACCGACUCUAAUGGUUCCAAGAUGGUUCACAAUUAUGAGAUGCCCUUGUCAUCUCAUAAAAAAAUAUUUCCUUUUGAUAUUGUGAUAUCUCAAAUGUUUCAUUGAUCUAUUUAGGCCAGUAUGUACCUGGCAAUACUCUUUGAGCCGGACCUCUGUUUGUUGCAAAGUAAAAACACAAAUGUACCUUGUAGUUAUUUUCAAAACAUUUCUUUAUUUUGU